AUGUCAGCGCGUGUGGCUGCCUACGCGGCGAUUUCCUUCUCGAUCGGCUCGCUGAUCGUCGUCGGCACCUUCGUUCCAGCACUAUGGGCCAAGAUCGGAGACAUCACCGGCGAACUCUCCGACGACAUGCUCGAGUUCCGCGAUCUCCACAAUGAGGCAAGCAUUCCAACUGAAGAGUUCUGAAAAAUAGAUCAAAUGACAUUGGAAGGUGUAACUACUUUUCAAAAUAAAUAAAAAAACACGUAUAAUCAAAUAUUUACGUUUUUAAUUUUUCUGCAAACUUAAUGAAAAACUUUAGGUUUGGUCCAACAUGCGCGGAGAAAAGAUUGGCUCAUCCUUGGUUCCGUUUGCUCGCAAAAAGCGGCAAACCACUCGGCCAGGCGAAUGCGGUUAGUUGCCCUGUCUGAAAAUAGUACAGGGAGCUUUUUCAGUGUGUAGUGCAAAUAACCAAUGUCCUCCCGGACCGAAAGGACCUCCAGGCAAGCCAGGAGUCGAUGGAACCAACGGAAAGAAAGGAGAGCCCGGCUCAUCCGGUCUUCCAGGAAACUAUCCUUCGAUCAACAUGGAUGCUCAGCAGGUAGAUCCAUGCCAUGUAGGAAAUCUAUAUGGAGAGUUCAGCAAUGCCGUUCCUGUCCACCUGGACCUCCUGGACAGCCAGGUCAGCCAGGACCACCAGGACCGGCUGGCGAGAAGGGCGCUGAGGGCAAGGCUGGGCUUAGCGGUCCAGACGGUCAUCCUGGCCAUCCUGGAAAUCCCGGACAUCCUGGAGAAGCGGGAGCUCAUGGGAAACCUGGAGCUCAAGGAGACAAAGGUCGUGACGGAGAACGUGGAAUCAAAGGCGCCCCGGGUGCUCCUGGAGAAACUGGACCACCUGGUCAGCCAGGCUUCAUGGGUCAGGCUGGAAACGACGGAAUCCAGGUUAUUUCAUUUUUUUUUUUUGGAAAAUAAUAGUGCGUCCAGUAUUGGGUCCUGCAGUCGCAGGUCUGGGACAGCAGACUCAAAAAAGUUGAAGUGUCACUAACUUUUUUUCCACUGGACCAGGACAUUAAUACAUUUCAGGGCGUUCCUGGAGCACAAGGACCACCAGGCUCCCGCGGCGAGGAAGGACCCGCAGGACCUUCCGGAUUCGACGGCAGUCCUGGCGGAGCUGGAACUCCUGGAGAGGAUGCCAACUAUUGCAAGUGUCCUCCGCGAUCCAAGGCCGCUUUCACUCAAUGA